UUACCUACAGCUACAAACAUCAUCAUCAUCAUCGGCGAGACGGCCACCGCAGCGACAUCUAUAUCUCCAAGUUACUAAGCGCUCGUUGGUGCCAACAAAACAACACUCAGUCACUUAUAGAGGGCGAAAGUGAACGAAGUGCAUAGGACGUGGUGCAUAUUUCCCAGUUCAGUGUCAAGCUGCAAGAUGUCGACGGCGACGAAGAAGAGCGAGGAGGUGGUGGCCCUACCCGACGGGAUAGUCAUGGAAGGACCUGAACCCGAGGACGAGGAGGAGGUCUGCGUCGUGUGCUUCAGGUCCGUCGAAAUCUACAGCAUCGGCGAGUGCGACCAUCCUGUGUGCUACGAGUGUUCGACCAGGAUGAGAGUCCUGUGCGGAAGGACCGAAUGUCCCAUAUGCAGAAAAGAGAUGUCCAAGGUGGUGUUUACACCCAGUGUCACCCAGUAUGCCAACAUCAAGACACGCCACAUGCAUUACGAAAGGCGCUAUGCUAUAUUCUUUGAGACCGACGAGGUGAUGCAGACCUUUGAUAACCUUCUUGAACAUAUAUGCCCCACCUGUGAGGAACGCCCCACAUUUCGAAACUUCACCAUGCUGAAAGACCACAUGCGCAAGUGUCAUGAGAGGUUCUACUGUGAGCUGUGUGUAGAACAUCUAAAGAUCUUUACCCAUGAACGUCGCUCAUAUACUCGAGCUCAGUUGGCCCAACACAGGCGAAAGGGAGAUGUUGAUGACAGGAGUCACAGAGGCCAUCCUUUGUGUGAAUUCUGUGAUGAGCGCUUUAUGGACAAUGAUGACCUAUUUCGGCAUUUGAGGAGGGAUCAUUUCUUCUGUCAUUUCUGUGAUGCUGAUGGUAUUCAUCAAUAUUAUAAUGACUACAAUGAUUUGAGAAAGCAUUUUCGUUCAGAUCAUUACCUCUGUGAAGAAGGUGGUUGUCAGGAAGAAAGAUUUACUUCAGUUUUUCGUACCAAGCUUGAUCUGCAAGCUCACUGCACACAAAAUCAUGCCCAGGGCAUGAGCCGACAAGCUGCUCGACAGGCUCGUACUGUUGAUAUUGAGUUUACCGUAAAUCAUCGACAACAGCAAGACAAUCAAAGAGGUGAUGAUAGAGGUAUGAGAGGUGGCCGAGGGCCCAGAGGAAGAGGCGGUAGAGGUGGAAGGAGAGACCGCGAUUAUGAAGAUAUGAGGAUCUCUGAAGAAUUGGAUGACAGGCCGCCGCCACCACCUGUGACACAGCAGAUAGAUAUUAAUUGUGUGCAAGAUUUUCCUUCCCUGAAUGGACCAGGCCCAGGGUCUGGAGUAGAAGGUGGAGGUGGGGGCACAAAAUCCAUGGCCACACAUCUUGCUCAACAAAAUCGUUUUACUGUAAGGACCAGGGGUGGAAGGAAUAUGAAUGAAGAAGAAUUUCCAUCAUUAGGAUCAACCAGUGUUACUGUUAGUACAGCUCAAGCAACUGCUCACUCACCAUCAUCACCUACAACUUCAGUCCACCUCAAAGUUAACACUAAAAAAGCUGUAAAAGAUGGCCAAGGCACUGGUCAGAGGAGUAGUAAUGUGUCCAUUCAGUACAAUCGUACCAUACCAGCUGCAACAAAUAUUGAUACAGCUGAAACAGAUAAUAAAGAAAAUAAUGGUAAAUCAAAAGGAGCGCAGAUUGGUGUUAUAUCCCAUAGCAGUAAUAUAACAUUACAAAGUAAAGCAAAUAACAAAAAUAAAUCAAAAGGUCUAGAUGAAGAUUUUCCUGCCUUAUCAAUAUCAAAAUCUAACAAUAUGAGUACAGUCGGGUGGGGGUCAACUGUAGUGCCAGCUUCUGCGCCUGUUCAGGCUAGAAAUGUAAAAACCUCUAAAAGUGACUUUCCAUCUCUUGGACCAUCCAUGGGUGCACCUUCAGUAGCACCCUCAAAACCAGGGAAGAAAUUUAAUAGUAGUGAUUUCCCAUCUUUAGCUCCUAAUGCAGAAAGUCAAACACAAAUGAAAAAUUAUCAUGGCUGUUCUAGUGUUACCAUUCCAGUGAGCAAUGCAUGGACGAACUCAAUAGACCAAGUUCCUAAGCCAUCAGAACCUGGAGAAAAUGUUAAUGGACCAAAAGGUAAAAAAAAGAAAAAAGGUAAUAAGACUUCGGAUAACAGUGCUACUAACACUAGUGGUGUGACUCAGGGAAACAUGUCUAAUGGCACAGCAAAGCCACCAUCUUCCAAGAAAAAGCCACGAGGCCUCCAUAACAUCUUUGAUGAUAGUGAUGAUGAAAAUGGGGUAAAAACUGACCUCUCUAUGGGAAAGCUGGGUGAUUACGAAUCUGUAGCACCACCUGUUGCAUCUUCAAACAUGAAGAUGAUAAGUAGUGAUGUCAUCAGUGAAAGGAAAAAAUCAGAGUUGAAGAUUGGAACUUUGCAGAAACCUCCACCAAAGUUGGACAGUGAAGAAGCUUUUCCUUCCUUGGGGGGUGCAGCAUCAAUGUUGUCUACAUCAACCUGGUCAUCUCCUGCUAAAAAAGCUGCCCCUCCUGGGUUCUUUGCUAAACCGAGGGUGCCUCCAGGGUUUACUGCUACAGACAUGACUUUUACUAGUAGUUCUGGAGAGAAAUUUGCCAUCUCUCCAACUUCAGAAGCAGCUGCUACGUCACCUGUAUUUACUACUCAACCUCCACCCAGUUACUCAUUUCAUCUUCCACCAAAUUUUGAACAACGUAAUAAAGCCUUAAUUAAAACAAUUCAUGAUGAAUGCGGAGGUGAUGAAGAAAAGUUUGAAUGUUUCAAACAACUUGCUGGAGCUCUCAGAAGUGGUGAACUACCAGGUCAGGCGUACUAUGAACAGUGUCGAUCUGUCAUGGGGAAGGCUACCUUCCACAAGAUUCUUCCUGAAUUACUUGUUCUUUUACCAGACAUUAAAAAGCAACAGGAGGUUUUAGCAGCUUAUAGAAAAGUUGACGGUGGACGAGGAUGCACUACGUUGUUUGCUGUUUGUGGAGUGUGCAGGCAAGUUUUGUGUCAGGAAGAUUAUAGCAAGCAUAUGGAAAUUCAUGAUGAGGUAGCAGAUUUCCCCUCACUGUCUGAAGUAUCUUCUCACAUUGUCAAGAAGUGAAUUAUUUAAAGUUGUGUUUUUCGGACCAAACUUCAAGGAAGAUCGAGCUUUACUUCACUUCAUAACUAUAAACAGCAUUUGAUGGGGGAUAGAGUGAGUGUCUCGUACAAGUGUGAUAGAUUGAGUCCUCAAGUCUGUCUUGCAGGUAUAACUUUAAAGAAAAUUUAUGUACUUAUUUCACAGACCCUUGAGUUUAAUUUUAUUUUAGGGAGAUACUACAUUCAUUUAAUGCUACUUGGACUACAUCAUUUAUCUAUUCAGGUAAAUCUCUUCUUGUCAAGGCACUACAUGAAUAUUUGAUUUAUAUAUGAACGACUAAAAUGAGUAUAGUAUGUAGAUGUUUAUGUUCUAUGAAUAUGUUGCAAAUGCUUCAAAAUCAAUAAACAUAUCAGUAGAUAAUGUGGUCAUCAGCAUUGUAUAUUGACCAAACAAAAAUUGCAUACUAAAUAUAAACAAAGACAUUUUUUUCUGGCAGAUUUAAAACUAGUAAUUUUUUUAUUGUAAGAAACUAAAGUGUCUCUUACUGUUUCUUACAGAAACUGUUACUUUUAGAUGGUUAAACAUUAAAUUUCUGCUGAAAGAGCAGAAUGUUUGGAUUUUUUUGUCUUUUCUGUGUAUCCAAAGAUUGAUCUAAGUUUGCCAAGUGCGAUACAAAACUUAUCUCUUAUUUUUUAUUUUGAUGUACUAAUCAUUGCUUUGAUUUUCCGUUGCAUUUCACUUUUUGUAAUUUGAUUUUAUCCUUACUUUGGACAGAGCAGUUUUGUUUUUUUUCCAAUGUCAUGCUAUUUUUGAAUCAUCAUUGUUAUUAUUUUUGAAAAUUUCAUCCUUAAAGAUGAAGAUGAGUGAUGGUCUUUUCUUUUGUAUUAAAUCUUGAUAUUGUUACAAAUAUAUUUAAUACCUUGAA